CUUGACGCAUAUCAAGAGCUGCAAAUAUCUUGUCGACGUAUCAGUAUCUUUUUAUUCUCCAAAUAUUCUUCUCGUGUCAUAUCGAAUAUAAGUGCGCGCGUGUGGUUCGUGUGUGUGUACAUGUGCCAUCAUCACCACUGUCUGCAGCAGUAACGGAAAAGAAGAGGACUCGACCCGCAGUGGCCGGAAAACCACCGAAAAAUGGACGCGAUGCCACAGCGAGUUAUUUCCGGUUUACUUUUGUUCUCUCUCGCCACAUUACAUCUCGGUUACGCCAGGAACGGACCUAAUUAUUAUGGAAAAUUAAUUGGAACCCUACAAGAAUACGCACACGGCAUCAAAGGUAAAGUGUAUGCCGUUGAUGAUGCAACGAUAUUUAUAAAAGGAUUUUGCUACGACGGCACCGGCCCAGAUGCUUACUUCUGGGUUGGCAACACCAGCCAACCUAAUCCUGAAGGUUACAUUGUACCUUAUCCUGAGACUGAUAAGGGCAGCGAUCCACGAGUAUUGGAGGCAUACAACUACACAGACAUUAUCCUGAGGCUACCCGGAGGAAAGCGCAUACGAGACAUUAAAUGGCUGAGCGUUUGGUGCAGAAGAUUUACAGUCGAUUUCGGCGACGUUUUCAUACCGCCUGACUUGAAGGUACCGAAAUUGCAAGUACUUCCUGAAUUUUCGAGAUUGGCGCACGGCCUCCGCAGUGGCAACAUCAGUAUUCUAGACAGUAAAACGAUCUACAUUCCAAAUUUGCAUUACGACGGUGGCGGACCAGACGCUUACUUCUGGGUAGGCAAUGGCUCCGAACCUAGCCAUUUUGGUAUCAAAGUCCCUAAUGAACAGGGCAGUUUGGUACCAUUAAGAGGGUACCAAGGAGAGGACAUUGAAAUCGUCUUACCGGGGAACUUGACGGUGUACGACAUCAACUGGCUCGCGGUUUGGUGCGUUGAAUACAGACACAAUUUCGGGCAUGUUCUAAUUCCAAAGGACCUCGAUGUUCCACCGGCUCUUGGCCAAACGAAAAUUACGACGAGCAGCACACCGGCACCUAGGCAGGUGACCAAUUGCAAAGAAAUGUUGGAUGGCCGUGUUCAAGUGCAGUGGCAGCUACAGGGCGAGGACGUGCAGAUUCGGAUCUCAGGACGCAUUGAGGAAGAUCAAUAUGUGGCAUUUGGAUUGUCAGGUCGGGAUGGCAAAGCCGAGAUGAUCGGCGGCGACGUCGUCGUGAUCGGAUACAAUAAUAAAACUGGCAAGUUUAUCGCCGAGGAUUACUACAUGACGGACAUAUCUCAGUGUGAUGGCAAGAGAGGUGUAUGCCCGGAUCAGAGGAUCGGUGGAAGGAACGAUGCAAUACUUGUACAUGGGGAAAGACAGAAUGGCAUAACAACGGUUACGUACACACGUCCACUAAGGACUAAUGAGCCAGAGAAGGACAGAAUGAUUCCGGAAAGGGAAACAAGUGUGAUUGCUGCCAUCGGAUCUCUGAAUGCGCGAGGCGAAGCCAAUGCUCAUGAAAGAUUCGAUAAGACCACUGAGGAUAUUCGUAUCGAUUUUACGUCGAUAAAUGUUCACGAAUGUACAAAUUCUCUGUACAAUAUUCCGGACGCUCCUGAUCUUGAACCCUGGACGCCAGCUGUCAUUAAUGAUAAAAAUAUUUUCAAUGCAAGGAUUGGGCCGACUGGUGCGAAAAGAGGAUACUCACGAAUUACAGGAACACCUUCUUGGGGCAUCGCAUGGUACAUCAAUGAUUUACUGAUCCCAGAGCUCACCGUUGAGCGAGGAAAAACUUAUACUUUCAUCGUGGAGGGUGGAGACGAUCCUGCCAAUCCCGCUAAGUAUCACCCAUUCUAUAUAACUGAUAGUUCGGAGGGUGGUCUCGGACAAAAUGUAGAGAAACAAACGGAGGAAACGAUAUUUGCUGGCGCAGAGUACGAUUCCAAUGGAUAUCCCCGCGCAACUGCAGCCGGCCGUUAUUGCGAAUGGACUCGUCUCAUAGUGAAUAACGCGGAUGAUUACAAGACAUUCAAGAGUUUCUUCGAAACGCUCGAACUUAAAUGCGACAUGGGCGAACCUGCCGAGCUCGUAUGGACUGUGAAAGAGGAUACGCCAGACUUAGUCUAUUAUCAGUGUUUCACGCACAAACAUCUGGGCUGGAAGAUUCAUGUUGUCGAUCCGGGAUCGCAGAGAAACAUUAACGGCAUCAGUCAAGUUCUGCCUACAUUUACGACGUUUGUGGCCAUUAUCGCACUUCUUUUAUUCUCAAGAUGAAUCAUUGUGUUUCCUUCUUUCAUGCGGAACAAAUAAUAGAAGACAAAGAUGACGACGAAAACUGAUCGAUUUAAAAUU